AUGUACAAGAUAGAAGGAGAAAAGUACAUGUACUUCUUCUCUUCAAGGGACCGUAAGUACCCCAAAGGGAAACGUCCAAAACGUUCUGCUGCUGAUGGUUAUUGGAAGGCUACUGGAGUUGACCAUCUCAUUAAAAAAGAUGAUAUCGUAAUUGGGCAUAGGAAGGGUCUGGUCUUUUAUCAAGGGACGCAUAAAGAUUCUGUAAAGACUAAUUGGAUCAUGUAUGAAUAUCAAUUGGCUUCAAAUACCGCUGAUUCUUGCAAAAAAAAGUUGCCGAAUCCUUCAACUUCAAAUACUGCUGCUCCUAUUGACAUGAGGCUGGAUGAUUGUGUGUUAUAUAGGAUCCAUAAGAAGCCAGAGAAAGUAGAGGAGGACGUGAAUGAUGUGGCAAGUGAUAAUGUUGAUUCAACUAGCACUAAUCCUUCCGAGGGCAAUGCGCUAGAAAUUGUUCGUCCGACGAGCCAUGCGCCCAAGGAAAUAAACAUCUUUGAGGAGAGUGAUGGUUAUACAAUUUACUUUUCCAAUGCAGAACUAGCACAGACUUAUGACCAAGGAAUAAAUUAUGGCCCAAAUAAUACCACUGGUUCUGCCGCCAACAUUGUUGUGCCUUGCCUUAUGCCACAAGACCCUCAGCCUCUUACACAUUUUGAUGAUUUCCCGUGGCUUAAUAUUGGAGAGAUAGACCCGUCGAAUCCUCCGGCUUUUGAUCCUUAA